UCAUCUGAACAGACGUAAUAUUAGAUAGAUAUAUUUGGAUUUGUCACCAGCUGUAAAAGAAUUUUUUAUAGAAAUGACAGAAAAAGUACAGACUGUGCUUGGUCCAGUAGAUCCGGACACUCUAGGAAUUACUUUGACCCAUGAACAUUUAUCUAUAAAUUUUUUGCCACUGCAACUGCCAAUUAACCCCAAAUUUAAGUAUCUUGAAGAGGCACCCGUGGCUCUGGAUACAUUGUGGUAUAUCCGACAGUAUCCGUACUCAAACUUGCAAAACUUGAGUUUACAAACAGAAAAUGCUGCUGUUGUUGAGGAAAUGGAUUUUUACAAGAAGAAUGGAGGAGGCACUGUUGUUGAAAACACCACAUUUGGAAUCCAACGAGAUAUUAAAUUUUAUAAGAAUAUUGCAAAGGAAACGGGGGUGAAUGUAGUUGCAGGAACAGGUUUUUAUGUGGAGUCAUCACGACCUGAAACAUUAAAGAUGACGUCAGAAGAGAUGGAUGAAGCUAUGAAGACAGAUCUUCUUCACGGAGCAGAUGGUGGGGAUAUCAAAUGUGGGAUCAUCGGAGAAAUCGGAUGUAGCUGGCCACUUGGCAAGAGUGAAAGGAUAUCCAUACAGGCAGCUGCGAAUGUUCAGAGUGAGUUAGGAUGUCCAGUCAAUAUUCAUCCAGGAAGGGAUUCAAAGGCUCCAUUUGAAAUUAUCCGAGUUUACCAAGAGGCUGGAGGAGAUGUCAACAAACUGGUCAUGUCUCAUCUAGAUAGAACCAUUUUCGACAAAAGUGAGUUGGCAGAAUUUGCAGCACUAGGGAGUUACUGUGAGUAUGAUAUGUUUGGCAUUGAGACUUCCAUAUAUUCCUGCAAUUUGAAUGUGGACAUGCCAAGUGAUGCUCAGAGAAUUCAGAACAUCCAGUUCCUGAUAGAUCAAGGAUUUGAGGACAAAAUAGUUAUUGCUCACGACGUACAUACCAAACACAGACUGAUGAAGUAUGGGGGCCAUGGCUACUCUCACAUCCUUCUCAACGUGGUACCUCAAAUGUUAAACAGAGGCAUUUCCCAGGCCAACAUGGAUAAAAUUCUGAAAGAGAACCCAAAGAAGUGGCUUACAAUGAAGAUGUAGAUUUUAUCAAAUGCACCAAUGCCGAGGAAUUUGAUAAGCUAUUUGUUUAUUAUGAGAAUGGCAGCAGUUAUAUACGAUUUGUUCAUGACUGAUUGCCUCUUGUUAGGCUAUUGUAAUUACUGUAUACCAAUCUUGACUACGGAUUACUCAGCUCUGAUAAGUACAGAGGAUUUAUAUUACGGUGGGCGUGACCGAUCAACAGGGGAUGCUUAAUCGUCCUAGGCAUCUGAUUCCAUCUCUGGCUUUUCUAGGGGUCGUAUUGUUAACGUGAUUCAUGGGAGUGAUUACUGCUCGUGAUCUUCACCUUUUUCAAACAUGAAAUAAACAGAUACAGAUCUGUAUUAUCAUUUAUAUAUAGACUGCAUUAAGUGUUAACAUUUCUGUUGGUACACAUAUACCAAUAAUUCCGUUUGUAUGCAAAAUGUUGUUGCUAAAUUUUCGAUGUGUUUGAAAUAAAAUGAUUUGUAAUCAU